AUGGCGUCUGGAAACGCGAAUACCUUCAGCGAGUUCAACGGUGGUCUGGAAUUUGACGGUUUUGCGGUGCCCGAGCAGCAGUCGUAUAUGAAGCCCGCCGAGGAUAACACUUCGGCCGGCUUCUACUUCGACGAGGGCAUCGAUACAUCGGGCGGCGCAUCGUUUGCAGCCUCUCGCAAGUGCUCGAUCAAGUACUCAUACCUAGAAUGUACCAUGCUAAUUAUCCCGCAGAUGGAUAACACCUCGGGAAGCGCCUCAUGGGGUAAUGUGGGCAGCACCACGUUCCCACCUACGCCUGCGCAAUCCUUCGAUUCGAUGUACGACCCCCACUAUAGCACUGCGUUGGGCAAGCACCCGUUGCAGCUCGACGUACAGGACUACCCUCAGUCGAAGCGACAUGAGACCUUCCCGAUCUCACCUUACCAGUCCUCCGCUUCCGUCACGGGAUCGAGCUGGGACGUCGACACCCAGCUGACUCCGUCCAGCUCAACUGAGAUCGGCCUCAGUGACGAGGCUGCUGAUCUGUGUGCGACCUGGUUCAGCAAGUACAACGUGCUGCCGAGUGACCGACAUAUCGCGUCCUUGAGCCAGCUCACCGGCGAGUCGCCCACCGCUAUCCGGCACUGGUUCGGGCAGGCGUUGAAGCAGGGCAUGACCAGCCAUGAUUCUGCCUACAAGUCGCAGACCGGUGGGUUUACCACGCAGGAGCAGAUCCCCACCAUCCCUCAGCUUCCGCAGUUUGCAGAGGCCCCUGAAGCGGUUCCUGAGGCACUUCACCCCACCCUUUCCAUAGAGCAGCUUCCAUGCAACUAUGAGCUCGAUGCCUCAACUACGACAGCUAGCCAGCCUCCACUGCGAGGCGGUAGAAAGGGUUGCAAUCGGACGAAUGACCCCGAGUUGUUAAAACGAGAUCCGAAUAAGAUGUACCAGUGCACACGCAAGUGCGGUAAGCGCUAUGGGCGAAAGUGCGACUGGAAGAGGAAUGAGGAGGAGGGUUACCCCUCCAAAUCUUGGAUCUGUUCGCUGUGUACCGGGCAGGGCGUUGAGAGGGUCAAGCCCUGCUUCAGGAAAUAUCACUUCUCUCAGCACUUCCGGAAUAUCCACCCUGGCUUGAACGCUGCGGAUUUCGAGGAGUCGAGCCUUGUACACUCCGACACGGCAUUCCCACGGAAAUGCGGCUUCUGUCCUCAUCGCUUCACUACGAGGCAAGAGCGGAUCGACCAUAUUGGAGAUCACUUCAAGCAGGGCAAGUGUAUGCUUGACUGGAACGACGAUGAGGACGAUAGCCACGAUGACGACAACAUGGACGACGAUGACGACAACAACGACCGACCCGACAGCGGUGGCGGCUUUGGCAACAACAAGCCGUUUUAUCCUCCAGCUCCUCAGGGCGGCUCCGGUCCGAAAUACAAUGGCAACGGUGGCGGCGGCUACGGCGGCCAGCAGCCUCCCCAGGGCGGCUUCUUCCAAUUCCAGCUCCAGCAAUACAACAAUCCUGCUGGUGAACAUGAAUCUCCUAUCGCGGAGCGGCAUAUUAAACUAACUUCCACCGACCACUUCAAACAGCGAUCAACGCAUGGAUGGCAUAGUGUGGAAAAGAAGGAUAACGCGGACGUUGUGGCCCGAGACGCUAUCUUUAAAUCCCAGGUCCUAAAAGAAGCCAGCGUAUGCGAACAGAGUCCAGCCUCCAGCCUCGCCUCGUCCUCACACCGCGUGAAGGCCUUCACAACACCGUCACCCUACCAUCUCACCGAAAAUGGCGAGAAAGCGAAAGAGGAUGUCACCAAUACAGUAACACCGACGUCUACGCUGGAGGCUUUGUCAGACCCCAAGAAGCAUGCCCAAGCCUGUGAAGAUACGCGCCUGAAGCUACGGUCGGUGGAAGACCGAGGUGACUCCGCCUACUGGCUUCUCGUUGUGCUGAAGUUGGUCGAAGCUGUUGCCAUAGAAGAGCAACGGAAGUCCAACAGUCACGGAGAAGUAAAGGAUCAGUCCAGUGACCUUAUCUUCAGCAUGAGCAACAGAGGUAUCGUUCCAAAUUACCUCGCACUCCUGAACAGUGGCGUCCGAGACGAAGCGUUGUCCACCUACCGAGCAUUGUGGAGAGAGGUGUUUAGGCAGUACGAAGAACAUUUCGAAAAGCUUACCGGAGAAGCCUGCAGCCUGAGACGCCCACCACGACCGUCGCUAUUGCCUCCGCCACCGCUGCUCAUAGGCUAUAACACUAACAUUGGGCAACCCUUCCUCGGGGUCUUCACCGGCCGUUCGGGUUCGGACCAACACACCUCGACCCACCUAACUCAGAGUUCUUGCCUUGGCUCAGAUAAGCUCGAUGCCAUGGCAUUCUUCGCAUCAAUCACGUCGAGAACGUUGACACCUAUAUCACUGGAGGUAUUCGAGCAUUCGCUCCCAGCUGGUUUAAUUACAGGCUUGGGUGCAGAAGCGGCGGUCCUCCGGUCGGAGUUGCAUGCACAGAAGCUACGCAUACCCAUUGAAUCCGCCCCAGAAACUCUUCUACAGGUACCAUCCCCUCCAUUGCCCCUUCCUUCCGCUAGCUCGGGCACGGGACAGAUACUCACAUUGAAGCAGUGCUGGAAGGGCAUUACAACGUUGCUCGACUCGCAGUCCUUCCUCAGCGUGAAGCUGCUAGGUACUGGCGGCUUCAGUACAGUCGAUGAGGUCGUCCACCGUGAGACAAGCCUCCGGAUCAGCCGGAAGACUCUGAAGAACCGCGAGGAAUCAGCGCUAGAGGAGCUCAAGAAGGAAGUGAACGUACUGCAAAAGCUGCGGCAUCCACAUAUCAUCCGCUUCCUCGGCGCAUACUCGAAGGGCGAUAAGAUGUCCAUUCUGCUCUCGCCAGUCGCGGAGACAACGCUCGCACUCUGGUUGGACAAUACGAUGUCCAGUAAACAAGAGGGACUCGCUCAGACAAUUGUCAAGAUGUACGGCUGUCUCGCGUCAUCGAUCCGGUACCUGCACGAACAACGACCUGUCGUCAAGCAUAUGGACAUCAAGCCUCAGAACAUCUUGGUCAUGCACGGCAACCAAGACUUCCCUCAUGUGGUACUGAGCGACUUCGGUAUCAGCUCUUUCGAUAAUACGGCUUCGCACGAAAAGUCUAAGCCUUUGACGCGCCAAUACUGCGCACCGGAGGUCUCUGAAGGGAUCUCCCGUGAGCAAGCCGCCGAUAUCUGGAGCUUGGGGUGCGUAUACGCGGAAAUGGCGUCCGCCGCUUUCCGCGACGACAACCCGCGCUGGCUUGACUUCCGGCAAGAGUUCAGCGGCCGCGAAGGCAAAUACUACUGGCAGGAUAUCUCCAGCCUGCAGGAAUGGCUUUCCGUGUUCCUCGACCGAGCAUCGACACUUGCUGAAGCGACCGUCGUCCGCACUGUCAAAUCGAUGUUAAGCGCAGAGCCCGUUGAGCGCCCGAGCGCAUCAUUACUCACAAUGAUAUUUACGCCUGCUCCAUGCUGCCUCAACUGGCCAAACGACAAGGUAACCUAUCCAGGACCUCUCGAGGAACUCCGUACGGUAGAGAUGCUCGUCCAUGACGAUGUCGUCGAUUGCCGUACGCAGCUCCAUCUCCACAGCAGUGCAGAUGACAAAGAGCAGCCUGAUUCGUUCUCUCGGGCGAAGGGCUGGCUCAACGAAUGCUUCCACGAUCACGAUACCUGCCGUCGGCAGCCAAACGAAGCAAAGUCACUCCCGGCCCGCCUCGUGGAUAUCCAACCGAACGGUAUAGGAAGCACCUUUGUCCGCAUUGUCGAUACUGCUGAGCUCGACUUGAAGACAGUCAGCGUGGACUACAUUGCUGUGAGCUAUGUCUGGAGCGAGAACGACGUCACUCUUUCCACCGAGCUUCUACAGGCGAUGCAGAGCGAGCUCCCUCGGGAGGCAUUACCCAAAGCCAUGAACGAAGCGAUUUCAGCCACUGAUCGCGUCGGCUAUCGCUACAUAUGGGUAGACUCGCUGUGCGUGCUGCAGGAUUCGGAGGACGACAAGCAACGAGAGUGCAAAGCCAUGGUGUCCAUCUACCGCAACGCGGCCUUGACGAUGGUGCUCGACCAGCUAAGCGACACUACCGACGCUCAACCUGGAAUGAGUAAGGACAGUAGUAGUAGUGGCGGCGCAAACUCUGCUCUCCGCUUCACUUCAAGUAUCACUUCAGGUGUAGGCAUCAGUGGAAGGAUCGAGCACCAGCUCACUGCGUCUGCCUCGCUUCCUGCCAUCGACUUCCUGACUCCAGGCUUCGCUUGGGAUACACGGGCCUGGGCGUUACAAGAGCGGCUGCUUUCGCGCCGGCUCCUGGUCCUCGGCCAAGAGCAAAUGUACUGGGAAUGCAACGCCCUCAAGGCGAGCGAGACCUUCCCUCGUGGUCUGCCACCUCUCCUCUGGGAGAAAGUCCAUACGAAGCCCAGCCCCGACGUCCGACCAAUCCACAUCAAAUGCGAACACGCAACCGGCAGCCGCUUGGGCGAUCCCGACGAGCUGCUUCGACGAAGCGUUCGCGCCCUUGGCCCUCGCCUCCUCCGCAACUGCCAAUGGAUCAAGAAGGAGGGAGAUGGGAUCGGAGAUGCCAUGGAGGCUGCACAGAUGGAGCUCGAGCUCCCAGUGUUGGAGGUGAAGGCCCACACCAUCGACAAUGUCAAGUCCAAGAUCCAUGGAGACGAUCGACAAGGUGGAGAUGACACCGCGACCAGCGGCCAUGCACCGAUCUCAGGCCUGACUGACGACUUUGGGCUCCCUACCAAGGUGGAGGGGCAUCAGCUCCUGCCGACUACUGCAAGUCUCUUGCCCGCGAAUCGCGAACCGCAGGACAACUUCUUCCACCACAACGACUUCACACAAGGUGGACGCUCCGCUUUCGAUUGCCCCACUUCCUGCGGAGUGGGCGACGCCUUGAUCGACAACAAGGCCCACCCUACCAUCUUCUCGGGCCAGAGUGACUCUUUUGGGUCUCUUGGGGGGCCCUCAUGCAACGAUAGCAUCGCCGAAGAUGUGAAACCCAACUUCCCGUACGGCAAGAACAUCACCCUUGAUGCCAAUGGCGCCGAAUGCGCCCAUCCCACUCCACGGCGCGCUCAACGCGAGCCUUUCGACUGGUAUUGUUGCAAGUGCGACGAUGGGCCCGUUCCUAACGACGACGUCGCAGUACAAAUAAAGCAAGACGUAGAUGUGGAAGAGUCUUUCGGCUCGAGAAAAGACAAGAGAGAUGAGCAUAACGGGAACGUGCAUGAUGGAAUGGUGAUGAAAGUGGAUGAUGAGGAUGUAGAUGUCGAUAUGGACCGUGACUAG